GGAUACCAAACAUCAAACAAAGUCCAAUUAUUAACUAAUAAUGACUAAUCUUCCCAACCAAACGAGGUAUUACUUUCCCUAAAUAAUAGGGGCCAAAAUGCUAUUUUGAAUUUUCUAGUGGCAAUGUUUGUAAAUAAAAAAGAAAUCAGACCUCCUUCGUCUACCUUGCAAUUUUCCCUCUGUGGAGUGUGGCGCCGUCCAAAACCAAUUCAAAUUUCAAACUCUGAAAAUCAAAAAAAACCCUCUCUUCCAUUUUCUCUUUCCAAUUCAAACCAAAUCCAAAAACAUGCCACCCAGAAAAAAGCCUGCACCCAUCGUAGAAGACAACCAAUGCCCGGUACUGAGACUCGUCGUGGAUAAAGGGCCGCUUUCGGGUCAAACCAACGAUUUCCGACCCGGAUCCACAAUCCACAUCGGCAGGAUUGUGCGUGGCAACACUCUUUGCAUCAAAGACGCCGGCAUCUCCUCCAAGCAUCUCCGCAUCCAAGUCGAACCCUCGCCGGACCCCGCUCGCCGGAGCUGGGCCGUCACGGACCUAGGUUCUUCGAAUGGUACCUUUUUGAACGAUGUGCAGCUGGAUCCGUCCGAACCGGCCGUUCUGUCGGAAGGUGACGUCAUCAAACUCGGCGAGCAGACCACCAUUAAUGUGAGAUUUGAAGUUAGUGGAGGCGAGAACGAGGGUGGUUCCGGACACGUGAGGAGGAAUGCGAGGCGUGGGGUGAGGAAUCAGGUCGAGAAAUUGGAAGUGCUUGAUGAGAAUUCUGAGUUGAGAUUGGGUGAUGAUCAAUUGGGGAGUUACAGUAAUUUGGGGGCUAGGGUUAAAAAUGACAAAUUUGGGGAUUUGGUGGAUGAGUCUGCUGUUGAUGGUGAAAAAUCAAGGGGAAGAAGAUCUAGAAGUUCGAAGAAGGAAAUUAAUGUGGGGAAGUUGAUAAUUAACAAGGCGGCUGAAAAUGAGGAACAAAGGGUCGAAAAGUUGGCUGAAGACGAGGAACAAAGGAUCGACAAGUUGUCUGAAGAUGAAGAACAAGCGGACAAAGUGGCUGAGGUUAAUGUGAAGCUAGGAAGGAAUUUCGGCACAAGAUCGACCAGAAGUUCGAAGAACAACGAGAAUUCAUCGAAGGAUUUGGGGACAAGUGGGGUGGGAGUUAGUACGAGGAGGACUAGGAAUUCAAGAAAGGAAGAUGAAAACAUAGUUGAAGCUGUAAUGGAUUUGGAUGUUAUUGAAGGCCUAAAGAAACCAAAGGGUAAAAGGGGGAGAAAGAAAAAAAUUGCAGAGACUCCUGUAGUAGAAGAAGAGAAGGAAGAACCGAAGUUGGAGAGUGAAAUACGUGAAAAAGAGAAAACGGCAUCAGAAGCUGGAGCUGAUGAGUUUGUGGAGAGAGCGAGUUCUGAAAGAAAAGGUGAUGCUGCUGGAUUGGCUGGCUUAUCGGGGGUUAAAAUCGAUGAAAACGGGAAGAUGGUGGCGGAUUUGGAGAAUAUGACUUUAGGGCAAUGGUUCAAAUUUUUGGAAGUGUAUUUGCCGAAACAAAUUAUCGACGAAACAGAAGAGAUGAUUUCCGAGAUGAAGCAAAAAUCGAAGAAACUACACCAGUUUAAGUUGCAGCACAAGAAUGCUAAGGACAAGGGUAAAACGGCGAUCGACUAGAGAACGAACCUCUUUCGUGACAUUUUAAGGUAUUUAGCUAUGCAUAUAUUUUUGUUAUAUAUAUUUUAGUUCUUGUUAUGAAUUAUUUAGCCAAUUAUGCUUGAAAUGGUAUGUUUUUCUUGAAAAUUUCCAGUUCACACACACGAUGUUCGUAACUUAGUUUGCGUUUAUCGGGUCAAAUCUAGUUCGUUUGAUCAAUGAAGCCUAUUGUUGUA